CACCCAAAACAUUAUGAUUUCCGCUCAACUUUUUGCCAUUUUCUCCGUACUAGUCAUCUCUACUGACGGCCUGCUGGGCAUUAUUGGCUCCAAGCAGGGGGUUACUGUAACUGGAAAGCUUAUUUGUAAUGGACAACCUGCUAGUAAUGUACUUGUCAAGAUGUAUGAGGAUGGAACAUUUUACGAUAGCAAAAUGGGCAGUGUAAAGACUGGAUCAGACGGAACAUUCCGCGUAUCCGGAGAUCAAAAUAAAAUCCGAACAAUCGACCCGAAAGUCAACAUUUACCACAAGUGCAAUUAUAACGGGCUCUGCUCGAAAAAAGUGUCCAUCAACAUUCCAAAAAACGCUGUCGUCAGCGGAAGCGGACAAAAUGCUAGAAAUUAUGACAUUGGAACUAUCAACUUGGCUAACAAGUUCUCUGGAGAAUCUACUGAUUGUAUUCAUUAAAAAUUUGGCUUUAAUAUGUAUAAAAAAUGCAAACAAAUUUGUAUAUUUUGAAAAUUGUUUUAUUUUGAACGGUUAGAAUAUUUUUUCCAAAACAAAAAAAUUUUUUUC